UACGCUAGUCUACCUAACCAGUCCACUUCAACGACUCAUGUCGGACGGAUCGACUGCAUGAAUGACCACAUGGAUUGUUUUUGCGGGCGACGGUUAACGUUUCGCAGUGCCUGCGGAUUGACACUUUUAAGUGCUCGUUGAGAACUAUCGUAGAAAUACAGCAAAUACGAAUUCUUAAAUCUUGAAUACUUGUCGCAAAAUUUUACAAAUUUAUAAAGCCAAUACGCGCACAUUCUGCAUCAUUUUAGUGCAUAGUGACAACUGUUUUUGUGUAUAGACUAAUCUUGUGCUUACCUUGUGAAUUGAUUUAACUAAACAAAUGUAAUUUUAUUGUUUUGUAGAAUUUGUACAAGAAGAUUGUAGAGAAUAUAUAAUAUACAAUGUUGAAAUAAUCAAUUAGGAAAAUAGUGUGUGACUCUUGUCAUGAGUAACACUUCUUUGUUUCUUUUUCUUCUUGAACAGUACGCAUAACAUUUAUCAAAAAAGUGGGUGGUCAAUUGAUUUGUCUCUCCGUUACGAGGAUGAUGAUGAUGGACAUGGGCAUGUACGGGAAUUACGGCAAGUCUGACUCAUAUCCCAACUACGUGUUCUCGGGUCAAGGAAACCAUCAUCAUCACCAUCAUCACCAUCAUCAGUCGUCAUCUGUCGGAGGUCACGUGUCGGUGCCUCCUUCUCCAGAGAUAGCUCCAGCUCAUUACUAUCCCCAGACUGCAGUGGCGCCGUAUUCUUCAUCAUCCUCCGAGAGUUUCCUAACCGCCGAUUCGGGUGCGUCGUCCAGUACGCCACCUCAAGGCUUUUACUCUCCGACGGGUGCCGUUCUCCACGAGAAUGGUUCCACCACGGCAAUAAUCUCUUCGGAGAACGGUCUGAGUUAUACUAACCUGGAUUACGCGUCGUCCUCGUAUCCGAAUCAACAGCAGCACACGGUAACGUCGGUGGAUCCACAUCAAAGUUAUCAUGUUCAGCAACCUGUUUACCGGGACGAUCAUCACCAUCAUCAUCACCACCAUCCGCCCGUUGGUGGUAGCCUACAUCAAACCACGGUACUUCAAGCUAGUCAUCCAAGAACGGAACAUGAUCAGCAAGUUCAUCAUCAGUCUUCUAGUCAUCACCAUCACCACCACCAUCACGAGCCUGAAUACCAAAUAGCGGUCGGCGGUACCUCGAAUUAUCUCCAUCAACUGCCGGCCUCGGACGAACCCUUGCACUAUCAGACACAGAUUCAGCAGAGCGAGUUCUCCACACAUCCGCCGGGACACUAUAAGGAAGAGAAUUCGGAUGCAACAUCUUAUCAUGUCUUACAGCAGUCCGGCCACCUCCAGCAUCCUCAUCAGCACGGGCACCAUCAUCAUCAUCAGCAGCAGCAUUCGCAUCAUCCGCAACAGCAACAACAACAACAAGCACAGGUACCAACCUACAAAUGGAUGCAAGUCAAGAGAAACGUACCUAAACCAGUUGCGACCAAAGCGAAUCCGAAUGCAGUUGAGUACGGUGGCGGUACAGUUGCGGGGCCAAGCUCAUCCGUAUACGGAAGUACCGCCAGUGGAACGGUGAGUUGCAUCGCCGGUUCGUUGGCCGGUAUCGCCGGUAGCUUCAACAAUACCGGACGCACAAACUUCACGAAUAAACAGCUGACCGAACUGGAGAAGGAGUUUCAUUUCAACAAGUACCUGACGCGAGCGAGACGCAUCGAGAUCGCUUCCGCGCUGCAGCUUAACGAGACGCAGGUGAAGAUCUGGUUCCAGAACAGGCGUAUGAAGCAGAAGAAGCGCAUGAAGGAGGGCCUGAUACCGGCGGAUAGCACGAAUGUGACGGCCUUGAGCGGUGCCAGGAGCAGCAGCAAUUCACCGACGGGCUCGUCCAGCCACGAGAUCGGCGGCCUCGCUUUAUCCAGUUUCACCAGCGACAACAGUAGGGAAUCACCUCCAUCUUCCAAGGAUUGACGCGAUUUUUGCUGCAGUAAUGAACGGCAUUAUAAUCUAUGAUUCGAUAUCUAAUAUCGCAAAACUCUGGUCCGGAUUUUCAUAUCGAGAGGCUAGAAGCUUAAUGAGAAUCGUGACAAUUUACUGCAGCCACACACAAACCACUUUCUAAUUUAUUCUUUCAGGCUGCAUCGUGAAUGUAAUACCGUGGACUUAUAAAACGAGUAAUGUCAUUCCGUAUCUUGAAAGUAGAGGUAUGUGAUAUA